AGCCACUCCCACCGGGGGCCCAACAGCAGGAGGCACCACCCCUCUCCAGCCAAUCACAGUGCAGCAUGACCCCUCCAUCACUCCUCAGUUUCCAAGGUAACUGGGCUGCUCUCCUGAAAGGCGCUACAUCAUCAGCAUCCGUCCAGCGAGGGCUGCUCGAGGCAGGCAGCCUUGCGGUAGAUCAUAUAGCAGACACCUCCCUCACACACCGCACUGGAAGGAAAAAUGGAGUAGUGUAGUGUUGUGUUAAACCAAAAGCCCCAUUCUCAGGAUUACGCUGUGUUUCGCCAUGAACGUUGCUGUAUCGCCAGUGGCCAGCGAGGCUUCCUCACCUAUGAUAACUUCUGUGACCCCAACCCUGGAACCCUUCACGGAUAAACACGAUGAUUCAGAAACAUGUGUGCCAAGCGUUAGCGGGGAUGGGGCAACCCAGAAACAAGAUCCCAAUCGGAGUUACCAGAAGCCUCCAGCACUCCACACAGGGGCGGACUGGAAGGUCGUUCUUCACCUGCCGGAGAUCGAGACCUGGUUGAAGGCCACGACGGAGAGAGUGAGAGACCUCACACACUCUGUGCAGCAAGAUAGCAUCAAUAGACAUGUGGAUGUGCACCUGGUACAACUCAAGGACAUCUGUGAAGACAUAUCCGAUCAUGUUGAGCAGAUCCAUGCACUGCUGGAGACCGAGUUCUCCCUGAAGCUCCUGUCCUAUUCAGUGAACAUCAUAGUGGAUAUCCGAGGCGUUCAGCUCUUGUGGCACCAGCUACGAGUGUCUGUGCUGGUUCUGAAGGAGAGACUUCUCCAAGGCCUGCAGGACUCCAACGGCAACUACACACGCCAGACCGACAUCCUGCAAGCCUUCAGCCAGGACCACGACGAGGCUCGACUGGACGCUUUGACAGAAGUAGAUGACUCUGGUCAACUGACCAUUAAGUGCAGUCAGGACUACUUCUCUCUGGACUGUGGCAUCACUGCUUAUGAACUGAGUGACUACAGCCCAAUCGAGGACCCGGAGGGCCAAGGGCCACGUUCCCUAUAUCCUGAAUUGGAACACGACUUUCCUGAACUGCUUCAGAGUGUGGAUCUCCUCAGCAUCGCAGCCUCUAGACAGAAUCAGGCAUCAUCUCUACCUACAGAAGAGUCCGUAACCUGCACCCAGGGGCAGCAAGAGACAAUCAACAGCCCUACCAAAGGGGACAGCACGCCAGCUCCAACAAUGCAAGGUGUGAUGCCACAGGGAGACAGCAGCCUUGGCCUUGCCAAACGCCCUCUUCAGGGCGGCUUUAGGAGUGAAGUGUCACCUACACAACCAUUGCCGAAGAAGCCAAUGUAUUUGGAGGGAGAUGGGGAGACAAAGUGCAAUAGAUCUUCACCUCUUAGGUAUCAGGCUGACUUGAGCAGAAGCACACCAUCUCUUUUGGACCCACCAGAUUGCUCAAAGUUUUGGCUGGAGCUGGAGUCAGUUUAUCCGGGCAAUGGGAGUCAAUCUUAUGAGAGUCUCAAUGGGAGGAACUUGCAAACAGGUCAACAGGCAGCUCACAAGAUGCCCCUUAUGCAAUUCCAAGUUCCCCCUGAGAGGCGUUCAUCUGAGGUAAUGCAGAGUUUCCACUCGCAGAACCACUUAAAGACGAAUGAGGCCAAAGCCAAGCAGGCUUACAGUGACUCUUCCAGCCCUCCACCAUCAUCCGGGGAGGACGUCUCUGACCAUGACCCACAAGAAAUGUCCUCCAGCCCACAUCACCACGCUCCGAGUUCUCUCUGGAUUAUGAACCAAAAUUCUUUGUGCAUUUCCAAUAUCUCUGGCAGCCCUAAAGAACACUGGUACGGCUCGGAUGAGUUUCUCGCUCUUCCUGCCCAGCUGAAGAAGACGGAGAUGUUGGCAAUGAAGCUGGAAAGCCUGGCUCAAGCUUUGCCUCAAAGACACCUGCAAGAGCCCAUACAGGAUGUUGAUGAUUGGGAACUCGCUGAGGUCAUCCCUGAAUGGGAGAACAGCUCUGAUCUUCUCCUUCAUCACUCCUAUAAGAAGCCCUUCGCAGCAGGGCGGUUUUCGCCUACCUCCUCAAGCGACGUGGCUCCAUCUGUAGGUGAGAGCAUUGAGUCUGGGCCCCUCAGUGACCUGUUGUCAGAAGACGAGGGGGCGCGGAGUACACCUGAUUCCAGAAGAAACAUUAUAGCUGGAAGGCCCAGUGUACCAAAGAUGAUGUUGCAGUGCACACCACUGAUAGAGCAACUACUCGAGGACAUACAGCACCAGGAGAACUACCAGAAUGUUUGGGGAAAGAUAGAGGGUUUUGUUAGCAAGCUGGAUGAGUUUAUCUGUUGGCUGAGAGAUGCCUUAGAAACCACGGAGAACUGGACGCCACCCAGAGCAGAUAUCGACAGCCUCAAACUCUACCUGGAAACCCACCUUAGUUUCAAGCUGAACGUGGACAGUCACAGCACACUCAAAGACUGUCUCCUGGAGGAGGGACGGACGCUUCUGGAACUCAUCACCUCCCACAAAUCAGGGAUGCGGGACAUGCUCCAUAUGAUCGCUCACCAGUGGCAGGAGCUACAGAGGCAAAUUCGCCGUCAACACAGCUGGAUGCUUCGUACACUGGACGCUCUGAAAACUCACAUACUUUCCAGUGAGAGGGAUGAGGAACAGAAAACACACAGUCAUCACGACAGCCCUAAGGCCGAGGUCCAUCAGAGCUAUAGAGAGGCCCAGAAAGAUGUUUUGGAUCAAAUGAGAGUUAAACUGAAGAGUCAACAUCACUGCUCCAACAACAUAAAUGUGGAUUUCACCCUUUUGUCCAAGUGUAACAGCCUAUCAGAGUUUGAGGCAGAGUACCAGGAGCUCUGGGAUUGGCUGAUUGAUAUGGAAUCCAUAGUUACGGACAGCCACGAUCUGAUGAUGUCAGAGGAACAGCAGCAUCACCUGUAUAAGGGGAACAGUGUGGAGAUGUCCAUGUGGCUUCCAAAGAAGACACAACUUCUGGGUUGGUCUGAAUCUCUGAAGAGGAGCGGUGCUGAACUUCCUGCUGACUUUGACCAGCGACUGAGUGCCCUGAAGACCAAAUGGGAUCAACUCGAGAAAACCCUGUCCGAACACAUUGAACCCAGUGUGGGCAAUCAAACCCCUCGAGAUCUUCUGUCUCCAGACACCAAGAGGAUGGUGACCCAGCUGGAGAGCCGGAUCAAGGAGUUAAAGAGCUGGCUGAGAGAAACAGAGCUCUUCAUCUUCAAUUUGAAUCUCAGACCAGAUGCACAACCGUGUGAGAGCAGCAAACAGGAAAGCAAUGACCCACAACAUGACCCACUGGCCAUCAAACAACUCCAGCGUUUCAAGGCUCUCUGUAUGGAGGUGCGGGGCAGACGGAAGGGUGUUUCCUCUGUGCUGAAUCUCUGUCAGAAGCUGCUGGAUGGACCUGAACACCAGAGCUCAGACACAGAGAGACAGUCGCUGCAACUACUGCAGGUCAAUCUGGAGAGACGCUGGGAGGCCAUCGUCAUGCAGGUUCUACAGUGGCAGACCAGACUCAAACGCUCGCUGGGCAGAGAACAGGUCCCAGGAAACCUCAUUGAGCCUUCACUCAUGGACCUCCAUGGCCUGACAGAAGACUCAUGGGAGUGGGAUGAGAUGGACAUGACCAUCAGCAAUUUGGAGUCACAGGAUUGUGAAGAUAAGCAAAGCCCUGAAUCGGAGAUGCACCUUUAUUCCCCAAAAGAGCCUUUGAGACAUUCUGAGUCAAGGCCAAAUGACACACAUUGCAGAACAAUCCUGGGCACUGCGGAGACGAAUGCUACAUCUUCCCAUGUUUAUCAGGUGUAUGGCCUGCAUAAAGUUGAACUCUACCAGCAACCCCAAUAUAACCAUAAAUCAUCUUCAGCCAAAGCCCAGCAGCCACUAUUGAAGAGUCUGAGCAUGGAUUCCUCGUUCUCCUCACCUGAAUCUCUGCCUGAUAUCCUUGGAGAACUCUUGAAGGGGAAACAGGCGCUGCUAUCAGAGUCGGCUAGGAGAUCAGAGAGCGAAAGUGGGAUAGUCAGCGAAGGAGACACAGAAACUAUUGGUAACUCUGAUAUCUGUUUGCUGUUCCAAAGUGAAGAUCCAAAGGUCUGUGUUACUCUCACUCCACCCACCCAAGAAGAUUCACUAAAUGGAGACAGAGUCUCCGAUGAGGAUAUAGAUAGGGUUUUGGAACGUGCCAAAAAGUGUGCAGAAUAUGGAGACAGUCUCACAAUUGGGAAAAGAGAUCAACAAUGGCAUAUGUUGAAAAAAGAGAGAGUGGAGGGUUGGGAAAGCAAAAAAAAACACCGCAAGGAACCAGUGGAGAUCCUCAUCAAUGGCCAUGGCCCGAGCCUUGAAGUUUACUGCAAAAACCAUCGCACGGGAGAUGAUGAUAAGUUAACCACAAACAAAAUUCUCCAAAAGGAGUUCACACAACUAUCCCAAGGGUCUUCCCUUGACUCCCUUUAUGCAGUAGGAGAGUUAUUUCCAUCAAGCAAAGAGACACUAACUCGUAGCACUUCCCUGGAAAGCUGGCUUACUCCAUCUAAGAGCGCAGAGGAUGCAGGUAGUAAGGAAAGUCUAAGAAGCUUUGGAUCGGCUGUGGAGCCCACAGGCGAGCUCAGCAGAAGAACUCUGGAUCUGCUCAAACGCCUUGAAGACAUCCAAAGCCCUCUUGCCCUUAAGAUGACGCGUAGCGUUUCUGACGUAACACUCCAGAGCAGCUCACUGUGGCGUGGGUCACGCUCGGCUGGCGCUCCCUCAUCCAUUAACGAGAGCUCUGCAGCCUCUCUAACAGAGCUGAGCAGCACUGAAGACUCAUCGGUGGCAUCGGAAGACCUGGCUGUACAAAUGAACCGCUGCAUGGAAUCCAAUGCAUCGUUCAGAAAGCAUUGUCGUAGCCAGCAACAAAACGAAGAGGCUGAUGCUAGCAUCAGUAUGGUCGUCAAUAUUUCUUGCACCUCGGCAUGCACCGACGAUGAGGAGGACAGCGAUCUUCUCUCGAGCUCUACUCUGACUCUCACCGAAGAAGAGCUUGGUAUUAAAGAUGAUGAAUCUAGCGUAACAUCAGAGGAAGAGUACAUUGAAGGUUCCUUUGCUCUUGGAAUGGACUAUAUGAAGGGCGAAUUUCAGAGUUGGAUAAAGCCCAGAUCUCAGUGUAGAGAGAAAAAUGAGGCAGAUCUUGUGGAUGAAUUGCAGUGUGGCACCUUGUCAAGAGAAAUCCUGUCACCCAUUAAGACCGCCAACGAUCAGCAUUUUCUAUGCCAUUCUGCACUGAAGCUCUUGGAAGUGAACACUAAUGCUAAAAACGAGAGCUUUACGCAAAAAGAGGUGGAAGGCAAACUUCGAGACGCCACCAGAAGCCAUAUCAGUCGCUUUGUUGACGAUAUGGAGAAUGGUAAUGUCGAGAGCGCUCCCAUCAAAGGAAAUAAUGAAGAUGACGAGCUGCUUAGGGAAGAUGGAAGUCUGCUUUUUAGGACCGGGGAGUCAUUUAAAGGGUGUUACAUGAUGGAUGCUGUAAAUGCUGUCAAAAGCGGUAUGUUAACCAUCACCUCUCCGUCCUCAUGCGAACAGCUCAGCUUAAACUCUGUAGAGUCGUCACUGGAGGGACAACUGAAAGGUGAGCUUCCCUGUCACAGUUCUCGCCGUCCAUCUCCCUCCAUCUCACCUGUGGAGGAGUGCUCGGAGUUAGCCGCACACGCUCACAGCCGAGAGAAGCAACUCGCUUCCUUUCUAAAUGAUGUCCAUGAGAACCAUCAAGAAAGCUCUUCAGAUACCUGUAGUCACCAUGUUUUCAUUUCUGAAGAUGUCAAGAGCGAAAAUGUCCAUAAUUUUGUCAUGGAGAUCAUUGAUAUGGCAUCUGUGGCCCUGAAAACCAAAGAGGCACAGACAGACCAGCCCACGGAGGUUUCUAGCCCAACACCUGUGUCUCAGAUCAGAGAAAAGGUCCUUGAGCACUCCCAUCGGCUUAUCAACCUUCGCAAGGGAGACUUCUACUCCUAUCUGUCGCUUUCUUCGCACGACAGCGACUGUGGAGAGGUCAGCACCUGCACAGAGGACAAGAGCAGCACCCCGAUCCUGUUCAGUACGCCAGAUAUGCGUGACGAAGAGCCGCUCUUUGAGGCCUGCACCGAGGAAGUGUACCUAGGCCCUCCUCUCUGUUACAGCAUGUCCGUUAGCAAACGGACCAUGAGACAAGGCACCUUCGGUAUCCCGAGCCCAACACCUCCAUCGGCCAGUGAUGAAUACCAAAAAUCAGAUGGUAUUUCUCAAGCAGGUGUAGCUGGUAGCCAGCCAGAGUGCCAUAAUGAGGCGGCUUAUCUUAAUCCUUUACCAUGUGAAACCCCGAUAGAUACUGUUGAAUGUUUUGCAGAUACUAAAGUGCUUGAAUCCAAUAUUUCCCCUGUAAUGACUAAGAUAAGAGUCUCUUGCUCCACUACAAAUCCUUUAAAGGAGGAAGGCACCCUUUAUAUUAAUCCUAAAAUUAACUGUCCACUGAUAAGGAAGACUGAUAGCGAUGAAAAGGCCCCUGCUUCACAGUUGAUGAGACACAAGAAUGUCGGAAAAGGGCGCAGCUCUCUUCAGGAAGCCAAGUCGACUCAUAAACAGUUGGCAAGGUCAGAGAACGGCAGUGGUGUUGCAGUGGGCCGCAAGGCUCAAAUCAGCGGUCCGCAAACAGAUAGCUCAUCUGCAGGAAGGAGUAGAGUCAGCAGCAGGCCUCAGGUCAAAAGAUUUUCUGGAAGCCUAUCUGCGCCUGUGUGUAAACCCUAACAGAUCUAGUUAAAGCUAUUUGAAGUCUUACACACCGCCAUCUCUGCAUGGUGACUUUGGGGUCUGAAAUCUACGCCCUCUUGGAUCUUAGUGCAUGGGCCACUAGUCUGGCACUUUAGAGACCUCAAUCCUUCAUUCUCAGCACCCUCAUCCUCUUCCUCCUUGCUGCUUUAAGAUCUUUACCCACUGGUGACCUUAUUGUGACCCACCACUCCAAGCUCCACCCUGGACCGAGCUACCUCACCAGUCUGCCACCAUCCUUAUCCAGUUUGACACUUAAGUUCACAUGUAUUCACAUUAAAACCUCUUGUUAUAUCCAUCAUUACCUGCUAAUACUAUAUCUGAUCAGCCAGCUACCAAUAUCAAGCUGUUUGCAACCGUUAGGGUCAAAGCUGAGGUGCGUUACUUGAGGGUCGCCCCAACCAAGUUGUGGUUUUAGGAAAUGAUAAUCAGUAAUGUGGCCAUAAUCAGUCUAGAAUGGCACGUGAGGUCAUGAUCGCCAUAUUUUAGGCUAUAAACCAGGCUUCAAGGUUUUUUGGAAAACGACUGACGUAGCGCCACAAUUUCUAUGCAACAUCACGGUUGUAUAAUGUUGCGUGGCAUGUGAUUUUUGGCAGUUUGAUGCGAUAAAGCUUUUUUUUUACUCUCUGAGAACAUAGAAAUGUAUAAACGUAAAAUUUUGUGCCUUGCAGUUAUUACGUUUUGUUAAAAACACUGCUUUUCCCUGUUGUGUUUCCAGUCAUUGGUGAGAAAGCAGAUGUGUGGAAAAGGCUGAUAUUGACGAAUGGGCAUCUGUAAAUAUGUAAACUGUACGUUCAAACCCUGGUGUUUAAUGAUGUCAUAAUUACUUCAUGUUUGUGUAUGACUGUUUGUGUAAUGUGAUAUGAAUAAAUAGCCAACUGUUAGACUGCAUGGUGAAUUAUGUACAAGAAAACUUCCAUAAAUAAACCAAAUUUAAUGAAUCCCA